AUGGCAGAACAAAAGAAAGUGGAUCUUAGUAAACUUGAGCCUGAACAAAUAGCAUCUUUCAGAAAACAAUUUGAAGAUGAAUUAGAACAUUUUUCUUCUUCAUUGGCUUCUUUAAACUUGGCCUCAAACAAAUUCAAAGAGUGUGUUGUGAAUAUCCAACAAGUGGGUGCUGAAGAAAGUGAAGGAAAGGAUAUCUUGGUGCCGUUAUCUAGCUCAUUAUAUGUUCCAGGUAAAGUUAAAGAUAAUAAGAAAUUUUUAGUUGAUGUUGGUACUGGUUAUUAUGUGGAGAAAAAUGCUAAAGAUGCUACAGCAUUCUAUGAAGCCAAAAUCAAGAAACUAAUGGAGGAUUACCAACAGCUAACCAAGAUCAUUAAUGAAAAACAAUUAACCAUUCAAAGAAUAGAUCAAAUAUUGAGACAAAAAGUACAACAAAGAGAAAACCAAUCUCAACAACCAGCUCAAUGA